AUGCCCGAGGCAGGAGGGCGAAAUGCGGCGGCUGCUUCGGAUUCCGGCGCCGGCUUGCCCGGAUCUGCGCUGGAUGCCGGGAACGCGGUCGUGGACGGCGACAACAACGGAGUGCACUCUUCUCCUGAUAGCAAUGUAGUUCCAGUCAUCGUCGGUGAUGUCACUUCUGAAGUGGCUCCCAAGGCUAACGGAACUGAGAUUCAGACUGAAGUACGAAUUCCGCUAUCUGAAAAUGCGCCUCAUGUUGAAGAUCCGCAUACAACUGAAUCACAUGUUAGUGGUGAUCAGAGCCAGGAUGCUCCCGCUGCUUCCCAGCAUCAAUUGGAGCCUGAAGAUGGUGCAAGAUUCAGUCCAGACCUCUCUGCUGAUGAAAUAAGCAAGUCAGAUGGUCUGUCCCUGGCAUUGGAUGCCGCCACUGGUGAAAUUGUUGAGGGGCAGAGUGUUACUACAGUUGAGGAAGACAUAAGUGUCAAUAACUUGGGCGUGGUUACGGUAGAACAAAUCCCCGGUGAAGAGACUCAGUCCAAGGAGGAAACUGGCUCAGUUGAGCAAGCACUCGGGAGUGAGGAGCCUUCUACCGAUAAGCAUGUCCAAACAGAUGAUACCAGCAAUGUUGAUUUAUCUGGACUUGUUUCUGGUGGUUCUCGUUUGGAGGCAGCAGAUGCUGUCGAAGCGCAGCAGCAAACUGAUCCUACCUCUGUGGUAGCGGAACAGCUAGCAAACUCCAAGCAGGCGGACCUUGAAGAAGGACAAAGUUAUCCUAAUGCAGAUGAGGUCGUCCAAGUUGCAUGGAGUGCAACAGUACCUGCUGAUAAUACUGGUGAUCUUACAAAGAAAGAUCUCUCUGAAGUGACAAUGGAAGAUGGCAUACAGAGUGAUUCGAGUCAUCCAAGUACCAUUUUCAUGGCAUCUCAGACUGACCUAGUAGAGCCUAGCUCAGACCCUACUUCUCAUGAUACCAAUAUGAUAAGUAGCAAGGAGGAUCUUGACGAGAACAUACUGAAUGAGAAUAUUAGUGCAGACCUUACUUCUCGUGAUACAACGGAGGCGCAAAGCGUGGAUGCUGAGGAAACUACUUCUCAUGAGACUAAAGCAGUGGGCAAUACAGAAAAUAUUGAAGAGAUUAAGCAGAUCGAGCAAAUUACUGCAGAAGCUAGCCCUACAGAGUCCAGCGUAUUACACUGUACAAGUAGUGUUGAAGAAAGGGAACUGAUUGAAGAGGUAAUAGCAGAUCCUGCUUCUUACAAGGUUGAUGUGAUAAGCAGCAGAGACAUAGUUGUGGAAAAGGAAGAGAGCGAUGAAAAUGUGGGAACUGCUCAGGAGAUAAAUGUGGUGGAUGUCCCAGCCAAUGUUGAAUUAGAGAAGCACGAUGAAGAAACUACCAGAGACCCUGCUGCCUGUGAGACUGAUAUAAUGAACACCACAGAUAAUGUUGAAGAAAAGAAGCAAAUUGAAGAAACUACCACAGAUCCUGCUCCUCAUGCUAUCAGUGUGAUAUACAGCCCUAGCAAUGAUGACAAGGUGCAGAAUGAAAACAUGAGUGAGGUCCCCAGUUCUAACGCUGUGGUGGACGGCACAGAUAAUGUUGAAGAGAAGGAUGAGGACCCAGCCUCUUAUAACAUGGAUACAGUAAGCGAUGUUGAUGUAGUUGAAGUAAAGAAGCGGGAAGAAGAGGUAACUGCAGAACUUAAUUGUCCUGAGAUUGACGGGGUACACACUGUUGACAAUGUCAAGGAGAAGGAGAGUGCAGAGCCUGCCGUGUCUUGCAAGACCGAUGCCAGCAGCAAUGCAGAUUCUAUCCUUGCGGUGGACCCUAGUUCCCAUAAGAAUAACACAUCACAGGGCACUGAUGAUACAGAAAAGGUCGCUUCAGAUCAUGCUGGUGAUAACAUACCGGUGGCACAAAGCACAGUUGAUGUUGCAGAAAAGAAGCAUAAGGAUGAGACCACCACUGCAGAGAUCAAAACCACGGAUAGCGCAAAUGGUGACCACAAUGAAGAGAUCACAGACAAAGAAAUGACAAUAGAUUCAGACAAGAGCCAUGUCUCCUUGAAGUCCCUUCUCUCCGAGAAAGGCAUGGAAACUACUAAGGAAAAGAAGGCCACCAGCACCAAGGACCGAGUGCUGUCAUUCAGGCGCCGAUCAUCGAAGGAUAACCCUUCUCCCGGGAAGCCAGGUUCUGUGGAGCAGGACUGGAACUCUCCUGCGAGGUUGCUGCCGGUGGAGAAGUCGCCAAAGGGGAAGAAACAGCCGUGGAUGCCGUUUAUUUGCUGUCACUCCAUGAACAACUGACCAGGCCCAGGGUCUUUCAGUAUCUGGGCAUGCCAGGCAAACCUCUGUUUGGCUCACAUUAGUUUUCGUUGUUGGUGUGGUAGGCUUGUUCAGGUUUGUAAAUGGUCAUUCCGGUUCGUUUUGUGUGUGCCCGCACUGAUAUUAAUGUUUCAAAUGUGCUCCUGUUUAAAACCAGUGCGAUUUUGAAUCAAACUUCCUAUUAAAUCAUUGAAACGUCAUCACAAUUUGUUUGGACU